AUCUACACAAAAUGAGUAACAUCUAUCAGAAUCUCAUCUACAAAUUAUUACCAAAUUCAUUAAAAUCUCACUUGAAUACAUCCACGAAUAUCCUGUUUGAUUUCAUCCGAUUCAUCAUCGCCCAGGUCCAGUCCAUUAGACGACAUACCUAUCAUAUUCAUACAGAUGCAUGAUUGAUAAAGUUUGUUCUGAUGGGUCCGGUGCAUCACAUGCAGCCCAUUCAUCAUCAAACACAUUUCUCAUCAUCACAACCAAAAACAUGGAGGAGGAGGAGGCCGAGAAACUCGUAGAGGUGUCUGAACAAGAAAUAUGCAUAGACUUCUCACUCGGCUGCAAAUGCCGCGCCACGGUCCACUUAAGAUCCCUCAGCUCCACCGCCUCCACCGCCUUCAAAAUCCAGACCUCGUCUCCGCACAAAUUCCUGGUCAAUCCGCCCUCCGGACUCAUCGCUCCUCUCUCUCACACCACGUUUCAAGUCAUUCUCAAGCCUCAGUCGCAGCUUCCCUCUCCUUUCCCUCGCUGCUCUCCUUGCGACAAGUUCCUCGUCCGCACCGCCCUCGCGCCGCCGCAACUCGGUGACGUUAAUUCCUGGUUCAAUUCGCUCCCUGACUCGUUCGUGACUCGGGAUGUGAGACUCAAGGUGUCCUUCGUGGGCCCGUUUCUCCUGCGCCACGCGGUUAUUACCGGAGAUUACGAGUCGGCGAGGAAUGUUUUGAGGCGGCAGAAGACGGGGCUGGCGAGUCGGGAGGCUGAGUCACUCGUCCGAGUUGCGGCGGAGUUGGAGAACUCGGAGGCCAUGGUUGAGUUGCUUACCGAGUCAACAACACAUAACAUUAGUCUUAUUAACGACCGGGAACUGAGCUGGACUGAAUUACACGUGGCGGCGGCGAAUAAUCGGACGGACGAGAUCUCGAGUUUGAUAAGCAAGAAAGAAGGCGGGCCGUUGGAUUGUAAAGAUGCGGAAGGCAGAACCGCCUUGUAUUUGGCAGCCAAGGAAGGGUUUGAGGGAUGUGUUACGGUGCUGGCGCGUGCAGGUGCUAACGUGGACGCCAGGACUCAUGACGGUCGGACGGCGCUCUAUAAAGCAUUCACUAAUGGUGACCGUCGGAUGAUGGAGCUCCUCCUUCAAAUGGGUGCGGACCCCACCUCAGAUCAUCGUGGACGAUCUCCUCUCCAACUGGCACGUGAACGAUCACUGAAGGAAGUAGUAGAGCUACUUGAACGCGGGGAAGCGGUACUAAAUGCUUCAAGAAGCGGACAUGUAAAACUAGUUGAACAGCUCUUAGAAACGGACGCUAAGAUUAACUACUGCGAUCAAUACGGACUGAGUCCUCUGCACGCGGCUGCAAUCAAAGGCCACAAGGACGUAGCCAUGUUGCUGGUUGAGUACGGCUCAGAACUGAUCAAUUCUCGCGAUGCCGAUGGCCACACUCCGUUGCAUUUGGCGGUUCAGAGCGGCGACCAAGCUAUGGUAGAGGUGUUGCUCAACAGGGGAGCUGAGGUGAACGCCUUGACCAACAAAGGUGCCACUCCUCUCUACAUUUCUCAGCUUCUGAGAUGUGAUGAUAUUACACGGCUUUUGUUGGCUUCGGGAGCUGAUUCUACAUUGCUGCCGUUGUCGUGCUCUUCAGAUUCAUGGGCGUUCACAACUUAUGCUUCAUGAUUGACUUUUGGUUCAAUUCUGUGAUUUCAAUUAUGUUUAGAUGUUAUAAACACCUUAACUGUGAUUCAUUUUUUUUUAAUUGUUGCUCUGGUUUUUGUGUUGGAAAUCCAAUUUUAUUUGUUUUUUCA